GCUUGGUGGACUAAUGUUUUUUAACCCAUUUAUCCCGAAUAUCCACACUUUGGAAGGUUAACCGGAUUCAGUUUAGCCCCCAGCACCACUACCAGUGGUUUCUGCCUGGCACACUACUAUCUGCUCAGGUUCCCUGUCUUGUUUUAUUUUGCCCACCGAACUUUGAGGACGGUUUUCACGCUGUAUGUGGCCUUCAGCAACAUGGGCAUCAAGUCAUUGCUGGACAAGUUGAGGAAUUUUGAUGCUUAUCCAAAGCCGUUGGAAGAUUUCAGAAUAAAAACAUGCGGAGGUGCCUCAGUGACGCUGGUCAGCGGCAUCAUCAUCCUGCUGCUGUUCGUCUCGGAGGUCCGAGACUUCAUGGCAGUGGAGCAAGACGAGGAGCUGCUCGUGGAUACUACUCGAGGAGAGAAAUUGAAGAUCAACGUCGAUGUCAUCUUCCACAAUAUUGGAUGCAAUUACGUCUCCAUAGACGCGAUGGACUCAUCUGGGGAAUCACAAGUCAACGUUGAACACAACAUAUACAAACGAAAACUGGAUCUGGAGGGGAAGCCCAUUGAAGACCCAGAACGAGAACACAAGCUUGGGUCGGUGGCGAGCCCAAAGGCCAACUCCACGGAAGUCGCGACGACGCUCAAGGACGAAUGCCUCAGCUGCUACGGCGCAGAAUCUGAUGAUCGAAAAUGCUGCAACACAUGCAUGGAGGUGCGAGACGCAUAUAUGAAGAAAGGCUGGGCUAUGCCAAGCCCGAACAGCAUCGACCAGUGCAAGGGGCUGAAACUGAACGAAAAUGAUUUGAAGGCUCUGCAGGAAGGAUGCCAAAUCUACGGAUAUCUCGAGGUGAACCGGGUGGGCGGAAACUUCCACAUAUCCCCUGGUCGCAGCUAUCAGCAUGGCCAUAUUCAUGUUCACGACAUGCAGCCGUUUUCUGCACGCGAGUUCAACCUGACGCACACGGUCAGGCACCUCUCCUUCGGGCACAACGUCCCCGGCAAGACGAACCCCCUGGACGGACUACGCUCCGUGGCGGAAAAAGGUGGAACUAUGUACAAAUAUUUUGUCAAGAUCGUCCCAACGAUGUGGCAGAGAAGAGAUGAUUUUACUUUGUUUACAAACCAGUUUUCCGUCACCCGUUACCACCAGGCGUUGAACGAGUUUUCUGACGGGAGCUCGGCCCCGGGCGUGUUCUUCGUGUACGAGUUUGCCCCGCUGAUGGUCAAGUACAGCGAAAAAGUCAAGUCGGUCGGUCAUUUUGCCACUAACCUCUGCGCCAUUGUCGGCGGCGUCUUCACCGUGGCCAGUCUUCUGGACGCCUUCAUCUUCCACUCGGUCCGUGCCAUCCAGAAGAAGAUAGAGUUGGGAAAGCAGGGCUGACGUAGAGCCCUGAGUAGACGAGUGGCCUUCGGUAGAGCUACACCAACGGUCUUCGCCAUGUUUUGACGCGUGGUGAACGGGUCAGGUACAGCUUUCUGAUGGAGGUGGGCAAACGGGCCUCGUCGUAAUAUCUAGGAUGCUAGAGAUGAUCGAUGAAGGCUACCUGAUGGGUCCAGUGAUGGUGGUUUACGGGGGAGGGGAAAGACCGGUGAGGUUCAUUGUAUACGUGCUGGGGUGUGCUGACGCUCUUGGGAUGCUGCUGUUGUGCUAUGUCUUGUUUUGCCCCGUUGCAACGCGGCGUAUCUCACACACCAGUUGUGGGUGGUUGUCGCACUGCUUGCUCUCGUGCACCGGUGCACAGUAAACGUGUCACUUGCGCCCAUGAAAUUAGCAGAGGAAAGCAGCGGUUCAUCUUGAGAUGACGUAUUUGAGGCCUUCGUGAGGGAGGUUUGUCUUGCGCUUUCAACUCUGUGGAUCUUUGCCGUGUCGUCGGUGGUAAACGUAGGCGUAAAUCACUGACACAGGUGGGCACACAUGAUGAAUGUGUUUUAUCUCGCUGCAACCAAUGUCUUGACUUUGUCGGGUCCUGCGCAUGGUCUCCCCGGAGAGAUUGUGCUCUAACUGUCCUGAGCUGGUGGAACUUCUUAUUACACUAUGCAUGUUGUUUGGGUAUUGUGUGUCGUGUGUUACAGGAAUGGUUUCUUGUGUUGUUUUAUACCCGUCCGAUAAAGGCUUUACUGGAA